AUGUCACAGCUAGAAAACAACCGUAAUUUUGUUCUAGUCUCCUCAGCUCUUGCUUUAGCUUAUGCUAUUGUCUUUUAUCCACAUUCAUUGGAAUCCAUCAAGACAAUUGUUAUCACUGGGGUUUACUAUCUGGCCAACCACUAUACUUCUCAUGACUUGACAAUCUCACAGCCUUUAUGGUAUGGAUCAUUCACAAUUGACAUUUACAACACUCUACUCAAAUAUUUAGAGGUGAAAGGAAUAUGUCAUAUCAAACAUCAUUUCAUGACAUCGGGGAAAAACUGUGAUGUAUUGGUCAAAUCACUUGUUAACUUGAUACUUAUCGACAUCAUCACUUUAGGGAUCAGUUAUAAAUUACAGAUACAGGUUCCAUUCUUAUCAAAAGAGAAUUCAAAAGGACUGCAUUUCAUUUUAUCUAUAGGAUUGGUUUUAUUUGCUGUGUAUGUCAUUGUAAAGUACAAGUUGGUUAAUUGA